AUAAUGCAGAAGCUUUCUGAGUUGGAUUCCCUGCAGACAAGUGGUUCAAAAUUCCGGGUUCUGCUGGGUUUGACUGGCAGUGUAGCAGCACUCAAAGCGCCUUUGUUGGUAAGACAACUCCUUGAAUUUCCAGAGGUUGAUGUACGUGUGGUCACCACAGACCACGCCACUCAUUUUUAUGACAUCAGUGAAGUGCCUGUCCGUGCAUACACUGAUAAAGAUGAAUGGGAGAUGUGGACAAAGCGCUGUGACCCUGUGCUUCAUAUUGAACUCAGACGUUGGGCGGAUCUUUUUGUCAUUGCCCCACUGGAUGCCAACACGCUUGGUAAAAUUGCCAGUGGUAUCUGUGACAACCUGCUGACCUGCGUGGUGCGGGCCUGGGACACAAACCGUCCUCUGCUCUUCUGUCCUGCUAUGAACACAGCCAUGUGGAACCACCCUAUCACUGCACAGCAAGUGGCCUCACUUAAAAGCUUUGGCUACAUUGAGAUCCCCUGCAUUUCCAAAAAACUGGUCUGUGGAGAUGAAGGCAAAGGUGGCAUGGCAGAGGUUUCAACUAUUGUUGAUACAGUCAAACAAUAUUUCCAGAAACCUGCUGUAUGAUUAAAAAAACAUUAUGGCAGAUCAACAAAACAGAAGUAUUGGUAUGCUGUUACAAAGUUUGUUAACUUAUCUUAUAUUCAUUGCUUUUUACACAGAAAUGUUUAAUAACUUAUCCUUUUCCUGUUAAACAUUUCUCUGUUCUUGACACAUCUCAGCUGAUUGUGUUGUCGCAAAUCGGCCUUCCAAUGCACUUUUUUUGUUUAAUGUUUGGAAGGUCAGCAAGACUCAAUGAAUCACUCUGUAAGAGCUAUCAGAGCUGCACCGAUUUCAGAAGAAUCCUUUGAAAGUGUAAUGCAGUGUUUAUGCACCUUUGACCUAUUAGAUUGUGCAGUAAUCAUUUUUUUUUACUCAUAUUCACUUUAUAGCCGUAUAGAAGUUUAGACAUUUUUCAUGUGAUUUCGUAUGGGCUCAAGUUGUACUGUACAUAGGAAUUAGUUGAAUUGUAAACAUCUUAUAAGGAAACUAUUAUUUACUUUAAAUAAAAGUGUCUGCCAAGCGCAGAAAUGUAAACACAGAAGGCUAUAGUGUCAUGCUCACAUGGAGACAUAAAUCUGUUUACACUGAGAUAUUGUUACUGUAAUGGCAUAAAAUUGAUGUGAGAUAAGGAGAUAUCUGGUCAUGUGGGGAAAUUUCUGCAUCUCUGCCCUGCUAAACCAUUUAUGAAAUCUGACUUUGGGGUUAGAACAAAGGAUGUAUCUGUGUCACUACGAUGUAAAAGGAGUGAUAACAUCCUGCUAAUGUGCAUGUAGAGAUAAACAGCUUAUGUGAAGGUUUCUUCAAGUCUUUAGUCGCAAGAACUUUUCUGGAUCAGUGUUACUGUACAUUGCUAUUUUCGUAACGAUGUACAGUAGCAUCUUCACACGUUUUAUACAGUGUAAAAAGGCACAAUGUACUAAUUUAAUAUAAUUUUCCAUAUAAUGUAUUUUUUAUUUUUGCACUGCAUUUGCAUUGUGUUUUAGGGUUAACAGAAAUGUCCAAAAAUAUUACCAGGACGUUUUCCUUUUUUCUUUUGUUUUUUAGGAGCUUGUUUGAUAUUUUAGUAUGUUAGCUUUUUCAUUUUUGCUGUGUCAUGAAUACGUUCAUGCUUGAAUUGAAUUGUUUGUUUAAAUUAUGCCUUAAAUAGGUUGUUUAAUGGCAUUAUAUUAAUAUAUAAUAUAAUAUAUAAAAAAUAUAUUAUUAGACAGUGGAGAUGUUCAUUAUUUUUUAUAGAUGUUUCUACUUA